UAUGAAUCAAGAUGUAUUUUUGAAGAAAUAAUGGUUCAUCAUGAGCCACGAAGGCAAGAUUGAAUAAUAUUAUGAUAUCAAUCUUAAAAAGGUCAUUGGAUCUGGUACCUAUGGGAGUGUUGUCAAGGCCACACUCAAGGGGACUAAAAAUCAGAGGGCUGUCAAAGUCAUUCCGAAAAGCAAAGUUAAGAACCCUGACCGAUUCAAAAAAGAAAUAGAUAUUCUGAGAUAAUUGGAUCAUCCAAAUAUCAUCAAACUAUACGAAACCUUCGAAGAUCAAAGAAACGUCUAUCUCGUUAUGGAGUAUCAAUAUCAUUAAAGUAUUCAAGACUUUGCGAAGGUGGAGAGCUCUUCGAUCGAAUUAUGGAUAAGGGAUGUUUUAGCGAAGCAGAAGCACAUGAAAUCUUUCUUCAAAUUAUGCAAGUAUAUCCUUAUACAAUAAUUAAUUAGGCAUUAAACUAUUGUCAUACUAAUGGUAUUUGUCAUAGAGAUUUGAAACCUGAAAACUUCUUAUUCCUAACUAAAGCUGAAGAUUCUCCAAUCAAAGUAAUUGAUUUUGGAUUGAGCACCUUAUUUGAAGAUCCAAUCUCAGCCAAACAAGCAGGAAAUCAAAAGGUCACUAUGAAAACAAAAGCUGGAACACCAUACUAUAUUUCUCCUGAAGUGCUCAAAGGAAGUUACGAUGAAUCCUGCGACAUCUGGAGUGCUGGUGUCAUCCUAUACAUCCUCUUAUCAGGAGUGCCCCCCUUUUAUGGAGAUAGUGAUCCUGAAAUAUUGGAUGCUGUUCAGAAGGGAGAAUAUACAUUGGAAAUCCCAGAGAUGAAGGCUGUAACUGAGUCAGCCAAAGAUCUCAUCUCUCAUAUGAUUACCACUCCUGAAAAGAGAUACAAAGCAUCAUAGGUGAUACAACAUAAGUGGAUGAAGGAUGGCAGUAAACAAACUAAAUGUACAAAUCAUAAAUCUCUAUUCUAGAAUUGAAAUUAAAUUUUGGUUAACUAAAGAAUUUUACAGGCAGCAAUAAACUGAAGAAGGUGGCAUUGACAUUCAUAGCUUCUCAAUUGAAUGAACAAGAAAUCACAGAUCUAGGAAAGUAAUCAUUAAGAUUAACAUAAGGUUAUUCAAAUAAUUGGAUAAGAAUGGGGAUGGAGUUUUGACUAUAGAGGAGUUGAGAGAAGGGUUGACAGGAAUGAGUGAUUCAUAAGCAAAAGAUUUGGCAAAUGUCAUCAAGAGCAUUGAUACCGAUGGAAAUGGCACGAUCAAUUAUACAGGUAGGGAUUCAAAUAUAUUUCAGAAUUCUUGGCUGCAACUAUGGAAAAGUCUCUGUACAUGAAGGAAGAAAAGUUGUAUCAAGCAUUCAAGAUGUUGGAUUUGGAUGGAAGUGGAAAGAUUGACAAACAUGAAUUGCAAACUGUAUUGGGAAGUAAAUAAAGUAUUAUUCUUUUAAGAAAGUGACAAUAUCAUUGAUGAGAAGUAUUGGGAUGAUAUGAUCAGAGAGGCAGAUAAGAAUGGAGAUGGAGAAAUAGAUUACAAUGAAUUCAUAGAAAUGAUGGAUAAAUUUAGUUUAUUAAAUUGAUUAAUCUAUAGAAUGACA